CCUCUGACGUGUUCCACAUGGAGCUGUAAACAAAGUAAUGGAGGGAAAUAUCUUCGCGUCCACGGAGACUGUUGAGUGUCCGUUGUGUUCGCAAAGUUUUCAACCUUCAGUGAUAAACAGACAUGUAAACAACUGCCUAAACAUCACCGAUUCUUCCUCAGGUAGCUCCAGUCAGGGCAAAAAACGUAAGAGCAGCGAAGGUCAAGGGGCUUCUCCUCAGAAAUCUGCCUGGGGUAGUUUGAAGCCCUCGAAAUCUGUCGCGGGCCCCAGUGCAAACAAAAAAGCUAAAACUACUUCACCAAAGAAGAACCAGUCUAAGAAAAACACAAAUCAUAAUUAUGCUCAACGUGAAGACUUCGAUAACAAUGCCGAGAAUACGCCAUUUGUUGAGAAAAACCGGACCAAGUCCAGUAACAUUCCAGUUUUUGGCAUGCCACAACGACCUGACCCCUCAGACAGUGUAGGGGGCGUGAUUCCUCUUGCAGAGAAACUGCGACCACUCAGUUUAGAGGACUAUGUGGGACAAGAGAAGGCAGUAGGAAAGAAGAGCAUGCUCAGAAAUUUGAUGAAGAGCAAUGAUAUUCCCUCAAUGAUUUUGUGGGGCCCACCUGGUUGUGGAAAGACAACAUUAGCCAAAAUCAUCUCCAAUAGUUGUAAAACAAAAGGCAAGUACAAGUUUACGACCAUGUCGGCAACAUCAGCUGGGGUCAACGAUGUGAAAGAGGCUGUCAAGAUCGCUAAAAACGACCAAAAGACUCUGGGAAGGCGAACCAUUCUUUUCUUAGAUGAAAUUCACAGGUUCAACAAAUUACAACAGGAUGCAUUACUGCCCCACAUUGAAGAUGGGACAAUUGUACUCAUCGGGGCCACCACAGAAAAUCCUUCCUUUCAAGUCAACAGUGCCCUGCUCAGUCGAUGCAAACUCAUUGUGCUUGAGAAACUGGAGAGCAGCCAUAUUGAGAAGAUUUUGAAGAGAGCCUGUGAGAAUAUUUCUGCUCACAUUUUCAGGAAGGAUGAAGAAAUCGAGGAAAAUGAUGAAGUAUCGGCUUGGAUUGAGAAGGAUGCCAUAACGGGGCUGGCCAAUCUGUGUGAUGGUGACGCUAGAUGUGCCUUAAACAGCCUCCAGAUGGCGAUACAAUCUCAGCGCUCAGAGGAGGACAGCAUGGCCGUAGUUACAGCAGACGACAUCAGAGAGAUCCUCCAGAGAACACACGUCCUCUAUGACAGAGCAGGGGACGAACACUACAAUAUUAUUUCCGCUCUGCAUAAGUCAAUUCGUGGGUCCAGUGAAAGUGCUGCCCUCUACUGGCUGGCCAGAAUGUUAGAAGGCGGAGAAGAUCCUCGGUACAUUGCGCGAAGGUUGAUCAGAAUAGCCAGUGAGGACAUUGGUUUGAGUGAUCCACAAGCACUCAAUCAAGCUGUGUCGGCGUACCAAGCCUGUCAUUUUGUGGGAAUGCCUGAAUGUGAUGUUAAUUUGGCGCAGUGUGUGGUGUAUUUAGCACGUGCACCAAAAGAUGUAGAGGUAUACCAAGCCUACAACAAAGCCAAGCACUCAGUGAGGAACCACAAGGGACCAUUACCUUCUGUACCACUGCAUUUACGGAAUGCCUCAAACAAAGUGUUGAAAUCAUUAGGAUAUGGAAAAGGAUACAAGUACAAUCCGGAUUGUCAGGGACCCGUGGAACAAGAAUAUUUUCCUCCGGAGUUGAAAGGGACCGAUUUCUUUGUUUAGUAUUUCUGUGAAUCAUUGCGUGAAUCAGGCAUGUACAUGUAUUUCCUAGGUCUAAUGUAAUAUAUAGAUACCAGUAUACUCUGUACACUGCAGAAAACGUCAUGCAGCUGGUGGGAUAUAUAUUAGAUAUUUACUGUUAAUAAGAAGCCUUUCUUAGUUUGAUGUAGCUCUUCAAAUAAAGACGUUUAAAUAUGA